AUGUCCCUUUCUCUAUCGUUACUUCACUUUUCUCGUUCUUUCUCAUGCAGUUUCUCAAAUCUUCUAUCCUCUUACCCUCCAUUCCCCCUCUCUCUUUCUCUCACUUUCACAAUAUUCCAUUACUUUUCUCUCUCUCUCUCUCUCUCUCUCUCUCUCUCUACAUAUAGUUUUCUUUCUUUGUGUUUUUCUUUCUCAAUACUAUUACUUAAUCUUUAUUAUCAUUUUUCUUUUCUUUCAGUUUCUUUAUUUCUUUCUUCUUUUUUUUCUAUUCACCUUUUAAUAUUUUCUUUCUUUUUCUUUCUUUCUUUCUUUCUUUUUCCUUCCUUCCUUUCUUUCUUUGAGGAGUCUAUUGUCAAAUUUACGUUUUCUUUCAUAUUCUAUUUUACUAUAUCUCUUUCCAUUUUUCUUUCGCAAAUUCUGUUUCGGCGGUGUUAUCUUUUCUUUUCUUUCCAUUUUCUUCUUUCUUUCUUUCUUUCUUUCUUUCUUUCUUUCUUUCUUUCUUUGACAUUUAUAUAUUGUUUACACUUUCUUUCUUUUUGUUUUCUUCUUUCUUUCAUUCUUUCUUUGAGCAUUCUAUUAUCAGCUUUGUCCUUUCUUUCAUUUCCUGCUUUCUUAUAUUUCUUUGUUUCUUUCAUUCUUUCAUUCAUAAAUAUCCUCUCCUCAGUUGUUUUUCGUUAUUUUUUUUAUUUUUCCUUAUUCAUUCACUAA